AGCCCUACCCUUAGAACUAGAAGAUCUAGGUACUAAUCGGUAGUCGCUGAUCAGCGGUUGGUGGUUGAAGCAAACGCCAUCUAUGUCCAAUUAUACAUCCGUAGCGGUUUCAUGAUCAUUCAAUCCCUGGAUUGAGAUGGCAGACGAGACGCCACCGGGCGAUCAUGGCAGCCCUGUCGGCAAGCUCAACAAUGCUAUUUCUGAUUUCGCCUCUUCUUAUGUCAAGAAAGAAUUACAGCAAUUGACCCGCGAGCGAGAUGAUGAGUUGGCGCGGAGCCACGUGCCAAAGCUGAGAGCUCUCCUCAGGGAGGUUGACAGAGAGCGUCAGGCGUAUGAACAAGACAAGGAGAAGUUAAUCCUAGGUCUGCGCAAGAAGUUACAACUGCUCGAAGUCGACCCUGAUACUAUCGAGAGUACCGUCUCGGAGCUUAUCCCCGUUUGCCCCAAAUAUCUGAGCGUCAUUCCCAGUGCUUCGACUCUGACUAUUCGACCCCCAACACCUUUUAUGUCACCGGUUCGCGAUAAUUAUUUUAGCACUGUUCUUGGCGCAAAUGUCUUAUCAAGCAUUCCUCCAUCGGCGUCGCAAGUUCACGACCAAGGAGCUUCUAAUUCGAUCAAAGAUCACUCUUCAAGUCCUACCAAUAUUAACGUGUCGCCGAACGUAGGCCCGAAUUUCGACCACCAGAUACAGAGUCAGAUCCUAUCCGAAAACCCCAUGACUAACAAAGCUCCUAAGAGGGUCAGCGCAGAUAGCGAUAGCGCCGCAAGUGGGAAGCGACGGAGAGUAGAUGGCGGAAAGAGUCUGAGUAGAUCUCAAUCGGAUAUAUUCCGCAAGAUCGCAUUCCCGAACUUGGAGACGGGGGAGCGCAUCUUCCGUCAUGCAGAACGUCAAGGCUUCUUCGUCAUAAGAUGUAACAGGUCCAACUGCCAAACGGGAUUCUUCACGGACCCGCCUCUAGCAUAUAACAGAGCUUUGAAGCAUUUCCAAAGUCACGGCGAAACGGGACAAGACGGCGAAGAACUCACUAACGAGUAUAUUUUCGAAAACUUCGCAUGCGAAAUUGAAGGUUCCAGCCUGGUUAGCAAGUACUGGAUUAAGGAACAUCUUGGUCCAUCGCCGCACACCUGUAGUCGUUCCCGGGAGGUCGAGAUCUAAGAAUAUCCAAGCAGCAGAUACUCUUAAUGUUCGAAAGAGCAAGGAGGACGACAAGAAUUAUACACCAUCUAGCAAAUCCCGGAAUCCUACAGUGGCUAAUGAAACCAAUGAGUCGGAUGAGGAGGAAAUAGAGGCUGAGAAACCGCG